AUGCUCCUGCCAUCUCGUCAAUUGAAGCCAUUUCUAAAUCUGAACGACUAUUGUUCGCUGGAUAAAAUCAUCAGGGUAACGUCAUGGAUGUACAGGUUUAUACAGAAUGCGAGACAGAGAGAGCCUAAAGAAAGGGGCCCCCUCACUACGGAAGAGCUACAGCAGGCCGAAAGGUACUGGAUCAAAGAAGUUCAAGAGGAGGUGUUCUCAGAAGAGUUGCAAGCACUGCAUUGCUCACAACCAGUGAAAUCAACGUCAAGUCUAAGAGACUUCCACCCAUAUUUGGACCCGAAUGGACUUCUACGGAUAAAGGGAAGAUUACAACGAAGCAACGAAAACGAAGAAGUGAAGCAUCCAUUGAUAUUACCAAAGCAGCACACUUACACGCGACUACUUAUCGAAAAGACGCAUCAACGCUUACUGCAUUCUGGAGUUCGUGACACGCUCGUUGAGCUAAGAGAACAUUAUUGGAUUAUCCAGGGUCGUCAAGCUGUGAAAAGUGCUCUGUACAAGUGCAUGUGGUGCAAGCGGCAACGCGCUCAACCGACGUUCCAAGACGUUGCCCCGCUUCCUCCUGAUAGGAUAAACAGGACUGGACCUUUCGAGGUAACGGGAACAGACUUUGCGGGACCCCUCUUCUACAAGACUGUAGGCAACAACUCAACGAAAUGCUACAUCGCUCUUUUUACGUGUGCUGUAACAAGAGCGGUACACCUAGAAGUUGUCGACGGUCUCACAGCAAACCAAUUCCUCAUGGCAUUUCGCCGGUUCGUAGCCAGAAGGGGAUUAUGUAAGAUUAUUUAUUCCGACAAUGCGCUUGCCUUUAAGCGAGCUUCUAGGGAUUUGAAGAUCCUCUGGAACAAUAUACGUAGCCCUGAGGUACUCGCCUACUUUUCCAAAAAAUGUAUCCACUGGAAAUUUAUUAUCGAGCGAGCAGCAUGGUGGGGAGGGUUUUGGGAGAGGAUGGUGCGAUCAGUGAAGAAUACUCUCCGACGAUCACUAUCAAAAGCUUUACUCCAUCAUGACGAACUGAUCACAAUUCUGACCGAGAUUGAAGCCAUAGUAAAUUCUCGACCGCUCACCACUGUUCAUGAUACACCAGAGGAUUCUUCAGUGCUAACUCCUGCUCAUUUCCUGGUGGGAAAGAGACUGACGACGUUGCCAACUGACAAGGUGACGUCCACAGCGUCAGACUGGAGCUCGCUGAACAAGAGUUACCGACGUCGUGAACAGCUGCUCACCUCCUUCUGGACCCGAUGGAGGAAGGACUAUUUGCUACAACUUCGGUCCCAUCACACAGCGAAACGUGGAAAUGCAGUAACUUUGAAGCCCGGAGAUUUGGUACUGCUCAUGCAAGAUCGCUUACCAAGACAUCUGUGGAAGAUGUGUCGGGUAGACACCAUUAUUCCCAGUGCUGACGGAAAAGUAACAGCGUGCACAGUCCGACUACCAGACGGAACGUUGUUACGUCGACCUGUGCAACUUCUCUGUCCACUAGAGAUUGUUUAA